AUGAGCCUUCUUCCUCCUCCCAUUCCGAUCGACAAGGCGCCAAAGAAGAAGCGGCGUACGCUACAUGAUGCUGAAAAUGAUUUAAAUGCUUGUCAUCUGGCACUGCUGGAAGCCAAGCGCAAAGUUGUACUCAUGGCCCGAGAGAAUGCCAAGAUGAAGGUGCUUUUAAUGAGAUAUAUAGAAAAAGAUGAUUCGUUACUGUGCUCCAGUCAACUUAGUGUCAGCGAGUCGAACAGCCAGUCUACACAAAGCAUAGUUCAGGCUACGUCCUCUGCAUCAGAUACCAUUGUAGUCGAUGUUGUCACGUCCGCGCUGUCCCCGUCUCCACAGGAAACGAUAGUAGCAGAAGAAGACAAUGAAGACAUUUUUUGUGCUCAACCUUGUGGCGACGGAAUUUCCGAACCUGUUAGCCAAUUAAGUCAGAUCAGUCAAGCUAGUCAGUGGAGCGAGCUUAGUUCUACGUCAAACUUGGAUGCUGUCAUCGACUUCCUUGAGACGCAAGAUACUUCAGAGACGAACCGCUUGGAAACGCUUCAGGAGGAGUAUGCUAACUUGAAGGAACAAAAAACUCAUGUUCGCGUGGGUGUAGGAGUAUUGCUUAUGUCGAGAAAACAUCCAAAUUGUGUGCUCAUCGGCCAACGCAAAGGAUCCCAUGGUGAAGGAAAAUUUGCGUUACCGGGUGGACAUUUGGAAAUGUUCGAAAGCUGGAAAGAGUGUGCACUACGGGAAUUGAAAGAGGAAACAGAUUUGGACCUGAAGGAGGUUUCGUUUGCUACAGUGACGAAUGAUCCAAUGGAGGACGAGGGCAAGCAUUAUAUAACGAUCUUUAUGCAGGCGACAGUAGACGACGACCAAAUUAUAAGGAACAUGGAGCCGUUAAAGUGUGAGGGUUGGAUAUGGGUGCCUUGGGCUGAUUUGCGGGCUCGCAACGACUUAUUUACAUCACUUUCGAACGUGAUUAACAGCGAGUUUACUCCUGCAUUUCCACAACCUUAA